AUGUUCUGGGCACUCUGCUUCGCUGUCACCGCUUUGCCGUUGGCAUCCGCACUCCCAAUGGCCAGCAGCGACAAUAUCCUCACGGCUAUUCUCCCUCGUUACGAUGAUAUCUCCGACGACGACAUCACGAACAACGGUGGCCAAUUCUCCCACUUCCCGAAGACAGCGAUUAUUGGCAUUGUAGUACCAAUUGUCGCUAUCAGUCUACUCCUUGUCUUCUUUCGCACCGCUCUCUUCGGAGGACUUCCCAGGACCAUGAAUAAUGGCUACGUCAAGACAAGCGACGAUGGGUCAACUAUCUAUCGAGGAGAGAAGUUUGCGCCGUCUCCUUCGAUCAAGCCUCAGAUGGCGACUGUCAAUCCCACCGCAUGGCCAAAUCUUCCCCGUUCACCUCCGCCAGCUUACACGCCGACCUCCUCGCCCAGGUUGAACAAUUCUGCCGCAAGCGAAUGGCCAAGACCUGCUCCAAGGUGA